AGAGUCGGGGUGUGUUGAUGGAGUUCCGUUCGAGACCUACCUUGUUAUUAUUUACAAAUACUUAUUGAUGACAAUUGUUUGUAGUCAGCAAUUGUAUUGCGACAAUAACACAGUUAUUGUGUGGUGGCUGGUGGUCGGGCUAUAUUUUCUAACAUGUUUGAUAUUUUUUCAUGUGGUUUGACCACCUUAUGCUUGGUAUAAUGAAAACAGUGUUGUCGUACCGCAAAUCGAUUGGGGGGCUGCUUGACUGCUGGUAGACUUGGCAUACAGGUAGACUGCAUAACAAAUGUAUCUAAUAAUAGAUUGAUCCAGAAAUAAGUUCAAGAAACGUAUUGAUAUUGAGAAAGUGUUUUGGAGUAGCAACUGGGAUGAACAAUGAUGGUUGUUACAGACAUAUUCUCUGGUAAAGCGUUUAAACAGAACAAACAAUAUUUGUGUGAAUGCCAAAAGUAAAUAUUAUAUGUAUUACUACAAUAAUAUAAACUGUAUAAAUAAAGUCAAUACAGCUUAUAGUAAAGUUCUGCUUUGUGGUUGACCCAAUUUGUACACCUUUUAACAAAAGCAACAGGUAUUGAUUAUCUUGCCUUCAAAUGUCAACAAACUGCAACAGUUAAAGGUUGGGUACGGAAUUCGCUUUUUUGGCCAUUUUGGCAAAAUUACUUGAAAUCCUUAUCAUAACCCGCUUACAGCCACUGAGUCAGAAGUACUGACAUGAAAAUUAAACUUGUCAAUCAUCUGUGGAACGGGCAGGGCUCGAAAAACUCCAGCCAAUCAUUUGGAUUGCCACCUCGUUGCAUUGGACAGUAAGUACGUCAAUCAAACGGUCGUACUGCACUCCCCCGCGCCCCGCGCGCGACCCCUUCGUGCAGUACUCGUGACCCAGAGCUCGUGACCCAGAGCAAGCUCCUGUUUGUUGUUAUCCUGCGGUAUCUGUCUGGAACUAGUUAAUCCACAUUUGGACCUAGCAGUAGAAGACAAUUUCCAUGGCAGACAAGACGCCACCAUCCUCACCACCACCACCAGCAAAGAGAAGGAAAACUCUUUUUCAGAGAGUAAUUGAUAAUAAAAACGCUGAAAGAGAAAAACUGAAAUCAAGAAUAAUCCUAGGCGCUGCUUUUGAACGUUGGCGGCAACUGAAGGACGAGAAGGGUCUAAAAACCGAUGCUUGUGUGGCAGUUGACCUAGUUUCAAAGUUUAUACCGUUUAUACUCGGUAAUACCGGUGUUGAGACGAGUGUAUUACUCGGUGUGAAAAUGUCCACACCGCGGCAACCCUAGUGAAAACCAGGACUUCCAAUACAAUUAUAUGAAACAAACAUACAUUUUCUAAAAAUAGUAAUGAUUUAUGUGACCGUUUAAUGUUUAUAACAUCUGGUGCAACCAUAGCCGCGAGAACGUAUUCUCAGCAGGGGGUGCUGGAAAAAAAAACCCGGCCUGCACUAGACUCGCAACUCGUCACAUUGAUAAAAAAGAUAUAUAGCAGCGCAGCUCAAUUACACCAGUGCAUGCUCGCAAAGUUGAAAAUCGAUCGUUGUGUUCACUUCCUUCACACCAUGGUUCACAUCCAGCUGCUCACAGAACAAGUUUAGCGCACCACCGCUACCCUCACACUUUUUCAUAUAGCCUUUUUUCAGCACUAGGACAUAUCAGCAUUAAAUAAAUGCUGCGUCUCAACAUGCCUUGGACAGCAGCGAGGAUGACUCGCUUUGCCACGGGCCGAAACAGUUCGGAGCGACCACAGCCAGAGCGAACACAGCGGGGCAGAGGAGUGUCAGGAAGUCUUUGGUGUACACAUCAGUACGGCCUUUUUGCACUACUGUUUAGUGGCAAUGCAGUGUUUUAUUCUAUGCCUUUUUAUUUUCGUAUAUUAUUUCAAUUAAUACAAUUUAUUUAUUCAUGAAAUCAAGAUCUGGUCUUCAAAUCUUUUUUCCAAAUACAGGUCGUAUUACAAUGGGGUUUGUGUUUAUAUUCGGACCAAUACGGUACAGCGGACGCUCACAUGACGUUAAGCAUUUCCUGGUGCAUAAUGUGACGCUUCAGAACCUAAAAUCCCGUUUCUCCCCGUUGAUACGACAACACAUAACCGGCGUUUUCAGAAAUCUCCACUUUGGCUGGAGUUUUUAGAAAUGAUCUUUUUCUGUGAUAAGACAGGGCCUCGGACAGGGGGUGUUGCAGCACCCCCAAAACCCCUACUUCCCGCGGUACUGGGUGUAAUUUACAGCUGAAUGUAGUGCCAUGUUGUUAAACGAAAACCUACGCUAGCCUGGCUCGCUCUCGCGCAUCUCUGUUCGCGCUCGUGCAUGAUUGCGCGUCCAGGUACUUGGAAUGGGUGGAGUCAGAGUCAGCGUUGAAGGAGAGGGGGUAGGACCAUUUGAGUUGUGUAUUUUCAAAAUCUGCUGGCGUUUCGCAAAUCGCGUACCCAACCUUUAAGCCAAAGGCAUUUGUCUCUUCCAGAAACCCAACCCUUUGCUAUGUAUUGAAUCACGACUUAUUGUGCCAUGCAGUUGUUACUACUAAGUCUGUACCUCUAAAGGCCCUGAUAUACAUCAAAUCGACAUUAGCGUGUUCACACAGAUAAAAUGGCAGGUUUGGGACCAAAUCUAAAACACUACCGUGGACCAGGAUCGAUACAGGGGACUCAACCAAACUAGUCAAGCCUUUCCCACACUCCCCCUAAUACACCACUGCCUGCAAUUGGUGAACAAGACGGCGUAAAUUGCUGUGUUUCAUCCCACCGUGACUCAGGCUAGUAAAUUAAUAAACCCAAGAUCACACAGUGGCUAUAUUGUACCCUAUCAAAGAAAUGCAGGGUUCAGCAGCCUCACACGACAAUGUAUGGCUGAUACAUUGGUGCAUCCUUUUGACACUUAUUUACCUAAUCUCAAACAAGCAAUGUGUUGUUUGUGUGGGUGUGAAAUAGUAUAUUGCAACAUGUGGCAUGUGCUAGUGUGACAAAAACAAGUCACCUCGAUGAACAACAAUAAUUGGAAUAAAUUUCGGCGGGGAAUACAAAGGGGAAAUGCUGCCUCAUUCCGCAAGGGGAAGUCUACCUUUUAAAAAAGAAACGUAUCGCGUAAUCACGUAUUGAACCAUCUUCGCUUACUCCAUAAAUGUCAAUUGUUGGUCACUGUUGCCCCAGGGAUACUCUUGACAAACACUUGCAUACUCUAAAGACAGCAAGUUGAUUGGCGUCUUCAGAGAAGUAGAAGAGUUUGUGCAUUGGCAAGACGUCUUCUUCCAGAGAUGAACCCACGUUCCCAGCUCAGGAGGACCCAGUCCCUGCAUGGACCCAGCCCAGUGACCACCUUCGGCCCCAAGGCCUGUAUGUUGCACAACCCCAACACCAUCAUGCACAUCCAGGACCCGGCCAGCCAGAGACUCACAUGGAACAAGCCUCCCAAAAGUGUCCUUGUCAUCAAGAAGAUCCGCGACCCAGGUCUUCUCCAGCCAUUCAAGGAGCUGUGUACCUUCCUCACCGAGGUGAAGAGCAUGAUUGUUUACGUGGAGAGAAAAGUUCUAGAGGACCCUGCCAUCGCAGGCGAUGACGCCUUCCGGACCACAAUGAACAAAUUCUGCACAUUCCGUGACGAUCUGGACGAUAUCUCCAACUACGUGGACUUCAUCAUCUGUCUCGGUGGCGAUGGGACCUUGCUGUACGCCUCCUCACUUUUCCAGGAGAGUGUUCCCCCAGUUAUGGCCUUCCACCUGGGCUCUCUUGGCUUCCUCACCCCCUUCAACUUCGACACAUACCAGUCUCAGCUCAACCAAGUCAUCGAGGGGAACGUGUCUAUCGUGCUGCGCAGUCGGCUGCGUGUGCGCGUGCAGAAGGACAGCCGGGAGAAGAGGGCGAAGGUGGAGGAGAACGGAGUCAUCCUCACCAACGGGGACGGAGAAGGCAUGCACAAGGCCGCACAGUACCAGGUUCUGAACGAGGUGGUGGUGGACCGGGGGCCCUCCUCCUACCUCUCCAACGUGGACCUCUUCCUGGACGGACACCUCAUCACCACCGUUCAGGGGGACGGCGUGAUCGUCUCCACGCCGACGGGCAGCACGGCAUACGCAGUGGCGGCGGGCGCCUCCAUGAUCCACCCCAACGUCCCGGCCAUCAUGAUCACCCCCAUCUGCCCGCACUCGCUCUCCUUCAGGCCCAUCGUGGUGCCGGCCGGCGUGGAGCUCAAGGUCAUGCUGUCCAGCGAGGCGCGGAACACUGCCUGGGUGUCGUUCGACGGCCGGAAGAGACAGGAGAUCUGCCACGGGGACAGUAUCACCAUCACCACUUCCUGCUUCCCGGUUCCCUCCAUCUGCUUCCGGGACCCGGUCACGGACUGGUUCGAGAGCCUGGCUCAAUGUUUACACUGGAACGUGAGGAAGAAGCAGCACCACCUCACCUCUGAGGAAGAGGAGUUCUGAGGGCUUCUGAUUGGCCCAUUGUCCCCCCCGCCAGCUCUGUCGGCCAAUCAAACAUGAUAUCCAGUCAGUGGGUCCUGGGGUCGAAGCCAGCUACAUGGUUAUUCAUUGAUGACAUGAAUUUGAUUUGAAUUAUUAUUAUUUGUAAUUAAUAAUAUGAAUAGUUUAUUCAUAACAAUUUUCAAUAUUCUAGUUAUAGUAACGAUAGAUUUUUAUCAUCAGCCAUAAUAAUUAAUAAUACUAACAAUUGUAUUAUUAAUAAUCAUGGUUCUGAUUUUUAUUAUUAUUAUUAUAUUUUUUUUAUAAUGACACCUUCAAAGUUCAGAAAGGGGGUGCCUGCAGGGUGUUGUUAUCCUACUAUCUGUGCUGGGCUACCGAGGUCUACCCCGAGGGGUAGCGUUCCAAUCAGUUCCCCUGAGCUCAGAUCGUGAGGUGGGAGGCAAAACCUGGCAGGGUCGUUCCUCUUCCGGACCUGGAGUGUUGACAGCGCUGUACACACGGGGCCGUUUGAUUCGAUGGUCUGUGCGGGCCAUCGUAGGUGAGCGUUGUGAUCCGGUGUCGGAACACUUUCUACACUUUACGGGAAGAUCACUGGCUGUCAGGGAAGGCUCAACAAUUACCACAUAUCCUACGUGUUCAAAUUAAUGGAGCUACGUUUUUAAUCUGCUUGAUAUGAAGUCUAAUUUUAUACAUAUAUUUAAAGGGUUACACACCUGGAAGCGUUGGCGUGUUCGCGUCGCUCUAAAGGCUGAAACGUCAGUUACAAAUGGCGGAUAAAGUUAAUCGAAAGUGUAUAAAGAAAACCAUAAGGGGGGAAAAGUCUUUGGCUUCGCUGAAAACUCAAAUGGCGUCUUGUGUGAAGUUGCUAUUUCAAAAGUUGCAGAACCAAAACGUUUCCUAUAAUGUUAAACAAGACUGUUGCUCUUCAUUUAAUAAGAAAAAAGCAGAAUUUUCGUCAAAAGAUUGAUACCUUUUUUUCUUUUUUUUCACUCAGAUCUUAAUGUAAAGCAGGAGAAAACCAAUGCUAUAGCAUUUCUAAUGUAUAGACUGUGCCUUCACCACUGGUACGUUGUAUUGAAAACUAAUGUCAUUUUUCUAAGGUUUACAAGAUCUUAAUUAUUCUUCUAAACGUGUUCUCACAGUUGUGCAGAUCUACCGUAGCCUUGUACUUAGAGUAUUUUUCUACGCUGUCGCUCUGCGCUGUCAGCACCUGGAAGCAGAGAGUAAGUUCCAUUACUCUUGACUCUUCUCGCGAUACUACAAAUGUAUUCAGCAGUUGUUUUACAAACCUCUCUCCUAACCCUCGCGUGACCUUUUGUGUUGUGCUUAUCCAGAACUGAAACAUCCAUUCCAUUCAGACCAAAAAAAAUCCCAAGUCAAACCCCAGGCGGUCUUGUGCGUGUUCUUUGUCGUGGACGUGGUGGUAGUCGCGUCGUAAGCCAUAGGGGGACAUGCACACGUCUAACGGGGGUCUUGACACAAGGUGGGACCCUGUACUGGUGGAGGUUGGGUUUUUAGUCGGCGAUUGUUACCGUGGGUGGUGUGCUCAAAGUCUGAGUUGUGUGUGCGUGCGUGUGUUUUGAAUACGUAUAGCGUGUCUGAUGUAUAAUGUGGAAGGUCUGUCAUUUAUUCAGUCGGGAUACUUAUCGACCAGCCCGUGGACCAGUGUUCCCAUUGAUCACUGUAGCUCGUAUCACUGUAUGUUUUUCAAGAAGACCAAGAGAGAUCAUUCCUCUUAAUUUCCUGUAAGUGUUGAGUGUGCCAUGUAUUGUGUUCAGUCUCCUCAAUCUACUAAAGGCUCAGUUAUGGUCCCAUGUCGACACAACGCAAGGGGCUUUACGGACCCCUUGCGUCCUUGCGGACCCUCCUUGUGUCCACCGCGAGCGACGUGGCCCUCCCAAAAAUUGUAACCUUGCGUCGAGGCGACGCAGCAGCAGCAAGGGCUGUGAUUGGUCCGCUCACUAAAACCUGACACAGAACCAAAACAGGUUCCUGUCUGCGUCAAAGCGUCUGCGUGGUCAUUGCGUUGCGUAGACGUGGAACCAUAACUGAUCCUUGACCCGUUAAAGAGGCAUCCCCGACGUUGGUACUCCCUCCAUGUUUAGAUUUAAUCAACAGAUUAUUGAAGUAAGUCCCAGUGGUUUUGGGAAACCUAAAUCUUUAUAUAUCUAUAGAUAUAUAAAUUCUUUUUUUUUUACUACACGUUUACUUUUUUUUUUAAGUCCGUGGCCCAAGGGUUAAACAAAGAGCCUUACUGAAAUCCGUGAGGCUGACCACUGAAGAAUCAUUCACAAGAAACAAAGGAGUUGUACAAUGAAACGCUACCACCAGUGUCCCUCAGACCUAACCUUGUGAAUGAGGGGCCCUUCUCAUCUCACCCUCGUCAACGGAUCCUUCUUGGGUUUUGUCUGUCAGGAACUACGAAUUCCUUCAUUGUUUUUUACAUUACGCCAAGUAGUCGAGUCUUUGCGAAAAGUGCUUUUCACUUUCAAAACCUGUUUCUCUCCGCUCUCACUUUUGUAAUGGUACAUUUGUAAAUAAUUCUGUAUGAAUUCUGCUAUUUUUUUCUCGCCCAGAGCACUUUAAUAAACAACAAAUCUUUAACAUGGAAAUGUAUGUAUGUGUUUCAUU